CAAAGAAUCAGUUUGUAGAUGAAGAUGGAAAUACUUACAUCAUGGUUAAAGAUCCUAAAACUGGGAAAUUAGUCAAAAAACUAAUGAAUAUAAAGAAAGGCACAAAAACUAAAGGAAAAGUCGACAAAAAGAAGAUGUCAAAAGCUGAAAAGGCCGAUUAUGAAGCUGGAAAACGGAACAGUGAUAGUGAGAGUGACUUUAGUUAUCGCAGCGUUUAUUCCGCCGGAGGGACGCGAAAGGUACGUCGUAAGAAGAAAAACGAGGACGGAACGUACGGCGAUAGUGAAUCGUAUCAUAGUAGUCAAGAUGAAGAGGGGGCAGAACGAAGGAAGAAACGUCGAGAGGAGAAAGAAAAUACAGACAAUGAAACUAGAGUCACUAGCCAAUCUAAAGAUAGUGAUUUUGAAGAAAGUGACUAUAGUUAUAAAAGUGAUGUAAGUGAGGGGGGAACUAGGACAGUGACUAAACAGAAGAGGUUACGUGAUGAGGAUGGUAAUGUAAUAGGUUAUGGUGAAUCAGAAGUAGUUAAUGAUAAUAUCUCUACCGGUUCCAUAUCUCCUAGAAGGGGUUCGAUAUCAGAUGGGUCUGAAACAGCCUAUGAUAGAUACAUGGCCGAGAAACUACGACAACUUGAUGGUGUUGCGGAUUCUAUGGAUGUUGAUGUAGAAGAACAAGCAGCAGAAGAACAAAGACAGAGAGAAAAGCUGGAGGAGUUUAAUCGCCUGAAUGAAAGGGUGUAUGAUCCAUCAUGGCCUGGUGUCAAACCUUCAGAUAAACCAAAUAUUGAACUGCCUAAUUUUGAUGAUCAGUACAAGCGACUUGGUGGGCCUCGGGAUAAAGAUAAACCGGGGAUGUCGAGGGAGAAGACCAUUUCUAGAGAAAAGGGUUCACGUGGUAAGGCUGGUGAAGUGUUGACUGAGGAAGAGAAAAAGAAGGUUGCUGAGGAACAGGUUAAAAAACAGAAAGAAAGGGAGAAACGAGAAAAGGAAAUGAGAGAAAAAAGAGAAAUGCAAAAUUUGCGUCGAGAACUCACAAAUGAAAACAUAGAGAAAGAAAGAGAGAACCAAAGAAUAGCUGAUGCUCUAAAGGAGAAAAGAAGAGAAAGCGUCAUGAGUCAAAGACCUAUUACAACUCCCAAUGGCAAACAUCAGAGUAUGGUUACUUAUGAAAAAGGUGCGGCAAGAGAUCUGAACACACCUAUUACUAAAACAGAUAACAGAGAUGCUGGUUUAACACAUUCAGAUUGGAAAAGAAAACCAAGAGAAUUGAAGAAUAGUAAUAACAGAAAGGGCAAAGAUUCUUCAGCUUUUGAUUAUACACCGACAGCUAAACUUAACAGUUUGAACAGAAAAUAUGGAACAGAUAAAAACCAAGAGUCCACCACAGAUAAAGCUAAGAAAGACAAACACUUCGGAAAUAGUCCAAUACCUGAAAAGAAAGAUUUAGAGGACGACAAUAGUCAGAAACCAGGCCAAUGGAAAAAGUUCUCUGUGGAUGAAAAUGGAAAUAUAUCUUUAAAACCAGGAGAAAAAAUAGAUAUUAAGAAAUUAAGUGCAGACGACCUAAGAAAACUUGGUAUUGAUCCCAAUUUAUCAGAAGCUGAAAUUAUCAAAAAGUUAAAGGAGAAACUUGGUGAUAAUAUUCUGUUUGAAGAAGAAGAUGACUAUGAGUUUUAUAGAGAAAAUAUCAAUGAAGAUGUAGAUUUAAUAGAUGUUCUGGAUAGAGAAAAGAGUAUUAUCAAAUCUAAAGACAUUACUGGAGUCAGAAGAGUGAAUUUAUUAUUACGUGCUGGUGGAUCACAACUUCAGGUUCAUUUACAGAAAGUUUUAGACAGCAGUAAACUGAAGGAAUACUACGCCGAGGACUUAGACGAAAGAGUGCUCGAACUGGACCUUAUCAACUGGGUGACGACAAAAUCUGAUUUAGCUGGAAUUAGAGUAACUAAUGGCAACUGGCAGCAACUGAAUUUUUUCAGUAAUGCAUCUGAGACAGACUUUCAAAAAUAUAAAAACGACUUCGCAUCAAAUAUAGAUGAAAAAGAUUCAUCAAUUGAUUAUAUGUGCCAUUAUCGUCUUGUUGAUCCAAAUAAAAUAGACUCGUAUGCCAAAGCAUUUGUCGUAGAAGACAGCAAUCUAGAUACUGUAAUCACUUACAAGGAAAUCCGUACAGCUUUAGAUGGUAUACCCACAGCACAACAUGUUACCAAUAAACAGAAAGACUACGUAUUCAAGGUUUUACAUAUAAACGAUGCCACUCAUGUCACAUUUCGUAUGUUUGCUGUAGUAACGGCAUUAUGUGAGAGAAUAACAGCCAUGGAUUCAAUUAGUAAACAUUUAAUGGAAAUGUGUAACCUGGCUGAUAUAGAAAGAAAGUUAGAUUUAUACCAGUCAAUGUUUUAUCACAAUAUACCAUGUUAUCGAGAUUCUAAUUUCAUAACCUCGGAAUCUUUGAAAAUUGAAUUAAUUGCUGGAGGUCUGAAUUGGAAGCAACAGAAAUUUAUCAUGGAGAAGAUGGAACCAAAUGAUUGGGGAGAGAUUUCCUUCCUGGAUUAUAUGUGUUAUAUACCAUUGUUUAUGUCUAUGCAUGAUAACAUAGUAGAUAAUCCAUUAGAUAUGUCGGACAAAAAAUACCAAGUACCACCGAGAAAACGACCCCCUUCUGUACAAAGAGAUAUGAACCCUCUGGGACAGCCACUAAGUCAAAACUCGACAUUCUUACUAAAGAAACAAGCUAAGGACCUCACAGAGGGUAGAAUAGAAAAGGAUUGUUUGAAAGCAGAAAAGGUCGAGUUACUUAAAAAAUAUGCAAAACUUCCUGAAAUUCCUAAAAGCAGAGAAUCGAGAAAAAAUGAAGACGUUGAAGAGGAAAAGAUGGAUCUAAUUUAUUGA